AUGGAGGAGUAUGAUGUUAUCGUGCUUGGAACAGGACUUAAGGAGUGUACCCUCUCUGGCUUAAUGUCGGUCAGCGGGAAGAAGGUCCUUCACCUUGACAGAAACCCUUACUAUGGAGGAGAAAGCACCUCUGUUUCUGCCCUGGAAGAGCUGUACAGGAAGUUCAAGGUUUCAGGUCAAGGGAAAUCUGCAGGGCGUGGCAGCAAUUGGAACAUUGACCUCAUCCCCAAAUUUUUCCUCACCAACGGUCAGCUGGUGGGGCUGCUGAUCCAUACCGGAGUUACACGGUAUCUGGACUUUAAAAUGAUCGAAGGCAGCUAUGUGUACAAGGCGGGCAAAGUGCAUAAAGUGCCCUCCACAGAGGCAGAAGCCCUGGCUUCAGAUCUGAUGGGCAUGUUCGACAAGCGAAGGUUCCGCAAGUUGCUGCUUUUCAUCCUGAACUUCAGCGAGAGCGACCCGAGAACCCACCAGGACAUCGAUCCCAAAAAAACAACCACGAGAGAUCUCUUCCGUCGUUUUGACCUCGGGCCGGAUGUCAUGGAGUUCACAUGUCACGCGAUGGCUCUGCACUGCAGCGAGGAUUACCUGGACCAGCCGUGUGCUGAGACCAUCAAGCGGAUUAAGCUGUAUUCUGAGUCUCUGGCUCGCCACAACACCAGUCCGUACCUCUACCCCAUCUAUGGGCUGGCUGAACUACCACAGGGCUUCAGCAGACUGGGUGCAGAGUACGGAGGGACUUACAAGUUGAAUAAAGCGGUGGAGGAGAUUGUGAUGGAAAACGGCCGAGUGGUGGCUGUAAAAUCUGAGGGAGGACUGUUCCGGUGUAAACAGCUAAUCUGUGACCCCAGCUAUGUGCCCAAUCGAGUGAGGAAAGUGGGCCGCGUCAUUCGGGUCACCUGCUUAUUGAAUCAUCCAAUUAAAAACACCUACGAGGCCAGUUCCUGUCAAAUCAUCAUCCCUCAAACACAACUCAACCGCAAAUCAGAUAUCUACAUAUGUUUGGUAUCGUAUACACACAACGUGGCCUCAGAGGGGAUGUACAUUGCCACAGUGAGCACCGUCAUAGAGACAAACAACGCAGAGAAGGAGGUGCAGCCGGGGCUGGAGCUGCUGGAGCCCAUCAAGCAAAAGUUUGUGUCCAUCAGUAACCUAUUUGUCCCUGCUGACGAUGGGAAAAGAAGUCAGAUAUUUGUGUCUUGCUCAUAUGAUGCAGCAACCCACUUUGACGCCGAUUGUGAAGACAUCCUGGAUAUGUAUCGCCGAAUCACAGGGACCGAGUUCUGUUUUAGAGAGCUGCGCAGAGAUCAGUUUGAAGAUGCCGAGGAAGACUGAGAGACUUUUUGAUACCACAUCUGUUAAUUUCUAGUGACCUAAAGAUGUAAGAUUUAACCCCUCAACUUCGAAGCAGACGGUUGUGUAAAAUGUAGUAUGACCAUGGUGAUGAAGGCAACAGGAUCUUAAACUCUUAUGAUUUUACCCUGUCGUUGAAAUGUCAGUGUCCAUGAGGUCCCGUUAAGCCCAUUCCACACACCCAUGUACCUGUUGUGUUACUGAUUUGAAAGCCCCCUUAUAGUCUUUGCAUCCCUUAAACAUCCCACCAAGUCUGCACCGCUGCCUGCAUUGUGUUGCAUUGUGCUGUGUUCUGGCAUUGAGACGGGACAA